CCGUUCCCUGUCCUUUCUAUUUCUGUAAAUCAAAAGAAGGGAUCUUUCUUCUCCACUCUAUCUACUAAUGGAAGCUGUGAUCUACUGAUAUCAUUUUUCCAUUUUCAUAUAUCACUGAACUAUUACUAAAAUUCUUCAUCAAAUUUGUAUAGUUUUGUUAUAAUCCAUGGCGGAUUCCUUCAAACUCCAGCAUCGAAAACUUGAAUACAGGCGUUUGAUUCCGGCAUUUCUGUUGUCUCAUUACACUCUUCUUACUAUUCUCUGGAUCGUUGGAUUUAUUCUGAUCGUCAUUUGGCAAAGGACUGCAGUUGAACGGCUUCUGAUAUAUCGAGGUUUGGCAUCACCUACGAGACCUAUCCCUAUGCUACGGCCUCUAGUCUUCAAUCUCUCCGAUUUCGGAGCGGUUGGCGAUGGCGUAACGGUAAACACAAAGGCAUUUGAGACGGCAAUUUCGGAAAUUCGGAAGCGAGGUGGUGGUCAGCUCAAUGUUGAGCCUGGUCAUUGGCUUACGGCGCCGUUUAACCUCACGAGCCACAUGACGCUCUUCCUCGCUGAAAAUGCAGUUAUUCUUGGAAUUGAUGAUGAGAACUAUUGGCCCCUACUGCCUCCUUUGCCAUCAUAUGGGUAUGGAAGAGAACGUCGCGGGCCGCGUUAUGGAAGUUUAAUCCAUGGGCAAAACCUUAAGGAUGUUGUCAUAACAGGGCAUAAUGGUACCAUUAAUGGACAAGGCCGAUCAUGGUGGGAGAAAUACCGCAAAAAACUUUUGAAUCACACAAGGGGGCCACUUCUUCAACUCAUGUGGUCAAGAGACAUUUACAUUUCUGAUGUUACAUUUCGGGAUUCUCCAUUCUGGACCCUUCACCCUUACGACUGCCAAAAUGUUGUUAUAAGAAAUGUAACAAUUCUGGCUCCACUGACCGAGGCCCCAAACACUGAUGGAAUAGACCCUGAUUCAUGCGUGGAUAUGGUGAUAGAAGAUAGUUAUAUAAGUGUCGGGGAUGAUGGAGUCGCAAUCAAGAGUGGCUGGGAUCAGUAUGGAAUUGCAUAUUCCCGUCCGUCUUCCAAUAUCACUAUCCGUAACCUCAUAGUGCGCUCAAUGAUUAGUGCUGGAGUAUCAAUUGGGAGUGAAAUGUCUGGUGGAGUGUCAAAUAUAAUAGUGGAGAAUCUCCUUAUAUGGAACUCAAAAAGAGGAAUAAGAAUCAAAACUAGCCCUGGCAGGGGUGGUCAUAUCCGACAUGUUAUCUACCGCAACCUGACCCUACAGAAUGUUCGUGUGGGCAUUGUAAUUAAGACCGACUACAAUGAGCAUCCUGAUGAAGGCUAUGAUCCAAAUGCUCUUCCAGUUAUUAAGGAUAUAAGCUUUACUGGUAUUCGUGGACAAGGAGUUCGUAUUCCAGCACGUAUUUAUGGGAGCGCUGAGAUUCCUGUUCAGAAUAUUACUUUUCAGGACAUGUCUGUAGGAAUUACGUACAAGAAGAAGCGUAUCUUCCAAUGUUCUUUUGUUCAAGGACGUGUUAUUGGCAAAAUCUUCCCUGCUCCUUGUGAGAAUCUUGAUUGGUAUGAUGAUGGAGGAAAACUAAUUAGGCAAUCAAUAAAAAAGAAUACAAAGGACUUGGAUUAUGAUGGUUGAGACAAGGGUGCUUCAACGAAAUUGUUGGUACAACAGCUCAUCACUCGUUGCCAGCGACGUUUGAUCUUCUUGGUCCUUCAAUCCACAGCAAAUGCUGGGAGACUAGAGCAUAUGUUAAUACACAUUUGCAGUUGUUACACUAAAUUUGGGAGAAUGAUAGAAUACAUGGACGGAGUACCCACCCAUGGAGCUUUUAAGAGGCAAACUUUGCCUCAAUCUCACUGUGGAGGUUAUAGUUUGGUUUUCGAGGCUGUAACCAGUGUACAAAGCUCCAGUGCCCACAGUAAUACCCAGGCUGGUUGGGCCUAUGCCAAAUUUCAUCAUGGUUUAUUGCAUACGAUGAAGGUGGAUGUCAAUUCUUGGAGAGGGGGGUAUGAAUGCUCCUUAUCUCUAUUCAUAUUUUUUCUGUUGUCUGUUUAAUCCUCUGGUAAAUUUGUUAGUGGUGGAUUGUGACAACAUAGUAUAGGUAGUCUCUGUAUCUUUGUAUAUGAACUUCAGUUCCAUAAAAAUAUGAGAGAACAUAGUAUUGGUGUAGUG